UUUGUCGGCUUUUGACAGGGGCAGUCAUCUUUCUUAUCUUCUCCUCCAUCCAUAGACAUAGACUGAUAGACAUAGUAGCUUGUUUUAACUUUUAAGUAUCUAUCUAAUCCAUGCCAUGACCCUCUUUCUUCCCCCACACAUUUUUCACCCAAGUCACCUCACACAUUCUUCUUCACCCUUUCACGUAAAAUGUUCUUUCAAAUUCAGAACCAAAGCACCCACCAUUACCACAACAAUCCCAGCUAGAGACCGCGUCAUAGACUUCGGAAAACACAAGGGCAAAAUGUUAGGAGCCCUCCCUUCAAGCUACCUCAAAUGGGUAUCCAAGAAUCUCCGAGCCCGUGACUUUGAGGAGUGGGCAAAGCUAGCAGACCAAGUCCUCCAAGACCCAAUUUACAACGAUCGGAUUGAGUGGGAGUUUGCUGAGAACCUUUUGAAUGGCAAUAGUUUUAAUGUUUCUUUAUCAAGAAAUUAUGAGUGUUCGGUUUCGGAGUUGUUGGAAAUAAGUGAAAGGUUUGGUUGGGAUAACAAAGAUAAGCUUGGCUGGAGCAAAGUCAGAUUUGAGCAUUUGGGUACCUCUAAAGGGGGUAGAAUUCCAAGACUUAGCAAAAAUAGUGGAAAAGAGAGAGGUUUGGACGUGGAUAUCAAGGGAGAAAAAAAGGUUGAGGCUUUAUCAAAAGGUGAAGAGAAGAGGAAGGAGAGAAGAGAGAGGCUUAGGAUGAAGAAGAGAGAAGUGGGAACUAAAGAGGAGAGCAAGGAUGGUUUUGGAAAUAAGGUUUAUGGGAAUGCAGGUUGUAGGGAUGAUGUGAUUAGAUUUCAAAGGGAUACAAAGAAUGGUCAAGAACAGAAGAUGGAGUUUUAUAAUCCAUUUCCUGGUCGUGAAGCUCUGUUGAAGAAGGUGCUCAACCAGAAAAGACCCUCGUAAUUCUUCUUCUUCUCUCCUGUAAAUUUCUUUUGAAGUACUUGUGGUCUAUAAAAUGAUUUAUUGAUUUUAGCAUAACAUUUUCUUUAAAUACGCAAUUAUAUAAUUUAGGGAAUUUUACGUU